AUGACCUUGAACUAUGUGUCCCUAUCUGCCGGCGACCAAGGGUACAGGAUGGCCUACCGCUCUACCCAGGGCGACUUCAGCCCGCCGGCCUUUGCGUUGGCGAUGGUGUCUGGAGACAACUUGUUCUUGACCAGGACUGGGGCUACUUACCCCGGGCCCGUUCCUCGACAGACCGUGAGGCCCAGCGUUCGUAUCGAGAGCCGCCGAGUAGCUGCUGGAGGUCGAAGUCCUACCCGCCUUAUAAAGGGAAGGGAACUGGAUGGCCGGGGCCGAAGCCGUCAAGCCAGAUUCUCACCCUACCCUGCGCCUGGGGUUAAACUCGAUCUCUUAAGAAGCGUGCUGCAACAGCGUCUGGUGGCGUUUGGAGGUGUCAUCGCUGCCCGAAUCCCAGCUUAG